GAAAAGUGUCAGCGAGACGGGUUUGAUCAUCAAAGCCAUCCAAAAGAAUGACUUCCUGAGCCGUCUUGAUGAUGAGCAAAUAGCCAUGAUGGUGGAUCUCUUAGUGGCAUCAAACUUAAAACCAGGAGAUGAAGUCAUUAAAGAGGGCACUGAAGGAGACAGCAUGUACAUAGUUGCAGCUGGUGAGCUCCUUGUCACCCAGGCAGGCCGCGAGCUGAGAACUCUCGCCAGUGGCGAUGUGUUUGGGGAGUUGGCCAUCCUGUACAACUGCAAACGGACAGCAACAGUCAGAGCAAAGACAGAGGUACGUCUGUGGUGCAUGGAGCGACAGACCUAUAGAACCAUCAUAACCAACAAGUCUAAAAAGAAACGAGAGCAGCUCAUGGGCUUCCUGAAGACGUCUCGUACUCUGAAGGACCUGAAUGAUGUCCAGUUGUCCAAGAUUAUUGACUCCAUGGAGGAGGUGAAGUACCAGGACAAAGAUGUUAUCGUUCAAGAAGGAACUGAAGGAAACACGUUCUACAUCAUCCUCAAAGGAGAGGUCCUGGUCACUAAGAAUGUCAAUGGGCAUCAGAAGCAGAUUCGCAGGAUGGUAAAAGGGGAGCAUUUCGGGGAACAGGCCCUUAUACGCGAGGUCUUGAGAACUGCCACCUGCACAGCUGAUGGCCCUGUUACCUGCUUCUCUAUUGACAAGGAGGUUUUUGAAGAAACAAUUCCCAUAGAACAACUGGAGCUUUUUGAUGAUUCCAAAGUGGUGCAGGAGGCACAAGCUCUGGAAAAGCAGAGUCCCAGCUCCAGUCUGAGGUUUCAGGAUCUGGUUCCUGUGCUCUACCAGGAGGGUCGCUUUCAUGGAGAUCCUGUCACGCUAGGAGUUGGAGGGUUUGGCCGUGUUGAACUGAUGACCACACUGACCCAUGGGAAAUAUUACGCCAUGAAGAGAGUGAGCAAGAAGCUCAUUGUUGCCAAAAGACAGGAGGAGCAUAUACUGUUUGAGAAGAAGAUCCUUAAAGUCAUCCAGUGUGACUUCAUCAUCAGACUUCAUGCUACUUUUAAAGACACAAGAUACAUCUACAUGGUGAUGGAGUUCUGUAGUGGUGGGGAGAUCUGGACCAAACUCAAAGAAGUGGGCCGUUUUGAGGAGCCCAUUGCUGUGUUCUGCACUGCCUGUGUGGUGGAGGCCUUCGCCUACCUCCACAAGAAUAGCAUCAUGUACAGAGACCUGAAGCCCGAGAACCUGUUGAUGGAUGUAAAGGGCUACGUCAAACUGGUGGAUUUUGGAUUUGCCAAGGAGUUGGUGCGUGGGGAAAAGACCUACUCAUUUGUCGGUACUCCUGAGUACAUAGCCCCAGAGAUCAUUAAGAAUCAAGGACACGACUAUGCAGUUGACUUUUGGUCCCUUGGCGUCCUGAUCUUUGAGCUACUGGUGGGAAGCCCUCCCUUUUCAAGCUCAGAGCCUCAGAAGAUUUAUUCCAAAAUUUUGGAUGGGGUGCCAAAAUAUCCACCUUAUUUGAGUGAGGCAGCCAAGUCCAUCAUCAGUAAGCUGUGCAGACCUCGGCCGGGUCAGAGGUUAGGAAACACCAAGAAUGGAAUCAAAGAUGUCCGGCAUCACAGGUAG